AUGGAAAGUUUUAAUUUUGUGUUCAUUAUGAAGAUGAUGCUCAAAUUAUUCCGCAUUACAAAUGAGUUGUCACAGUGCUUGCAAAGGAGAGAUCAAAAUAUUGUUCAAGCCAUGUCAUUGCUUGUUGAUGUGAAAGCACGAUUGGCUGAUUUAAGGAGUAACGGCUGGGAGGAACUAUUUGCUGAAGUUCAAGCAUUUUGUGAUGCAAAGAAAAUCGAGAUACCAUCUAUGGAUGCACCAAGACCAAGAUGGGGCUGUUCAAGUCUCGCAGUGAAGAUGGUUGAAACUGAAAGGCAUAUAAUAUUUCCAUUGGUCUAUCGUCUAAUUGAGCUAGCACUGCUCCUUCCAGUCGCAACAACAUCUGUGGAAAGGGUCUUUUCGGUUAUGAAAAUUAUAAAAACUGAACGACGUAAUAAGAUGGAUGAUGACUGGCUCAAUGAUUUAAUGAUAUGCUAUAACGAGAAGGAGAUAUUUAAAGGAAUUGAUGAUGAAGCAAUCAUGAAGCGCUUUCAAGCCUUGAAACAUCGGAGGAUGAAUUUUUCUCGGCCAACUCGCCACACUUACCCGCGGCUGAGGAAGGUGCAGCUCGGCUACAUCUUCGGGCUCUCCACGCUCCGCCUCGACGCGGCCGCCACGCUCGCGGAGCUCCGGCUGCUGGACCUCCGCCAGCUGCAAACAUUUGACGUGGACGCGCCUGGCCUCCGCGUGCUCGCCGUCGAGGAAAGCAGCUACAGGGUCACGGCGGCGAGGAUCGCGGCGCCGCGGCUCGAGGUGCUGGGGUGCGGGCACAUGGGCCCCGCGGAGCGGCUGCAGUUUGACGGGGCAGCCAGCCUCCGGCGCAUCGACCAUCUCAAUACUGUUGGACAGCCAUACACGCCUUCUGCAUCUGCUGGUGGCAAGUGCACUGAUCCUUGGAUGGCCGUGACCUUGGAGACCAAUCUUUUUGAAGAUAGUGAGGAGGAGCCGAGGAGGUAG